AUGGAGAAUCCUCUGAGCAGCGUCAGUGACUCUCUCAGGAUGGUUCUUAUUGGGAAAACUGGAGUUGGGAAAAGUGCAGUAGGAAACACCAUCUUAAUGGAGAAGCUUUUUCAUUCAUCAGUCUGUGCUGCCUCAGUGACGACAGUGUGUAAGAGAGGAACAGGGAAGGUUCAGGGCCAAAAACUGGAGGUUAUUGAUACUCCAGGUCUGUUUGACAUCAAUCUGAGUCAAGAGAAGUUGGCGGCGGAAAUCGCUAAGUGGUUCGCAUACGCUGCUCCUGGACCUCAUGUGUUCCUGAUCAUCCUCAAGGCAGACAGAUUCACCAAAGAAGAAGAAGAAACAGUGAAAAUCCUUCAGGAGCUGUUUGGAGAACAGGCUGCACAUUACACCAUGACCCUGUUCACCUAUGGAGACGAUCUGGAGGCAGACGGCGUUGCCAUAGAAAACGUCAUUCGUGAAAAUAAGGAUCUCAGCGACUUCCUCGAUCAGUGCAAAGGAGGAAACCAUGUUUUUAACAACAGAAAUGAAGAUCCUGCUCAGGUCCAUGAGCUGCUGGACAAGAUCAACACAAUGGUUGAGAGAAAUGGAGGAAGCUACUACACCAACGAGAUGUUCCAAGAGGCUGAGAAAGCCGUGGAAAAAAGGAUGAAUGAGCUUCUGAUGGAUAAACCACAGAGGGACCGGGAUGACGCAAGAACUGAAGCAAAAGAAUAUGUGGCAGGAAAUGGAAAUGUUUCCUUAGUCCUUUCUGGAGCAAUAGUUGGAGGUUGCAUUGGAGCUAUUGUUGGAAUCAUUGGAGUAGCUGCUGGACCUAUUGGAGCAGGUGAAGAUCCUCUGAGGGACAGAUCGUGA